AUGGAGAGGAGAAGAAAAGAGAUGGUUCUGAUGGAGAGAGGUCUGCACGGUCCCGUGUCUGGCAAAAGGCUCUCAAACCUGUCAGACUCCGCUGGAAAUUCAGUGUUGGAGGCCCUCGAAAAUUCUCAGCACAGUGGUCGAGUAAGCCCGCGAAUAACUUCCGCCUCGCUUCAUGGAAGUCUCGGGGAUAUUCCAACCAAAGGAAAGUUCGAAAUGGACAGUCUUUUCGGUACCCACCACAGCAGCGAGAACACCUCAUCAGCGGAGAUUUCAUCAUCAGAAAGCAGAAAGACAAUCCACUUAUACUCUGAAGUUUCUCAAGACUCAGACAUGAACAGUGACGUGGAGGUGGGAUGCCCAUCGCAUCGCUCCCCGAGCCAACACAAGGAAAAACAACAACAACAACAAAGGUAAUAUUCACUUGGACCUCAAAUGUAAUUAUAUAAAUAAAACAUGAAAGAUAAAUGUAUUUGAUAUCUUAAAACGGAUAACAAUACCAAUAUUAUAAUAAAAAUAACAAUUUUAUAAAUAAUAAUAAUAAUAAUAGGCCUAAUAAUAAUAAUAAAAACGAAUAAAGAAUUAAUGUGUCUUUGAUUUUGAAAUAUUUCACAGCUAUUGCUACAAAAAUUAUGUAUUAUUUAGCCUAUAGGUAUCAUCUCAUGUGAUAUCAUAAGAAUAUAUAAUAGCCAAUAUACACAGCAACAUUGCCUAUAAAGCUUACAUGAGAUUAUCGAAUAAUCUUUGCAUAUUUCUUUCCUAAAGGUUUUUCUGACAAUAAUUCUGGAGGCUCCAACACAAAUUCAUCCUCCCUUUCCAAUUUUAACGGCAAUGGAAUGUGUUCAAACAUGUCAAAUGCGGAUCAGGUGAGAAGGUACCGGACUGCAUUCACCAGAGAACAAAUAGGAAGAUUGGAGAAAGAGUUUUACAGGGAAAAUUAUGUCUCAAGACCAAGAAGAUGUGAACUGGCUGCAUCCCUGAAUCUACCUGAAACUACAAUAAAGGUAGGCCUAUGUUCUGUUAUAUGCAUACAUUCGUGCGUAAUAUAUACAUUACGUAGGCUACACCACAAAUAGUUAGGAAUAUAUAGGAUAUAAUUAUAUUACACACACCACUAAAACACACGCUGGUCAACAUGCAUGCAUCGAAACACACACGCACGCGCGCACACACACACACACACACACACACAGAGAGAGAGAAAACCUAGAAACGAAUCCGUUUGGUAUAAUUCACUAUGUGAGCAAGACAAUGGUCUACUCGAAUCUAUUCCAGAAAUUAAUCUGAAAUGAAUGAAUGAAUGAGUGAGUGCAUCUGAAAUGAAUAAAUGAAUCUGAAAUGAAUGAAUGAAUCUGAAAUGAAUAAAUGAAUGUGAAAUGAAUGAAUGAAUGUAAAAUGAAUGAAUUAAUCUAAAAAGUUACUAUAAGAGGCAUUUCUUUGGAAUUAAUUUGUUCAACUUGCUGAUUUGUUUAAGAGUCCCUAAAAAUAACUAUUCACAAAUACAUAUAUAUAUAUAUAUAUAUUGGCCUGUUCGUUUUAAACUCUUAAUUUUAAUAAAACUUGCAUUAGCAAUGUUUACGCAGUAGGUGGAUGGAUUUAAUAAGGUCCGAAUGUAAACAUGAAUGAUGAUUCUCUGUUUGUAGGUAUGGUUCCAGAACAGGCGGAUGAAGGACAAGAGGCAACGUUUGGCGAUGUCUUGGCCCCAUCCAGCAGAUCCAAACUUUUACACCUACAUGAUGACGCACGCGGCAGCCACCGGAAGUCUACCAUACCCUUUCCAUUCCCACAUGCCUCUGCACUAUUACCCGCAUGUUGGUGUCACAGCAGCUGCCGCGGCCGCAGCCGCGUCUGGUGCUGCAUCGUCACCUUUCGCUACCUCCAUUCGCCCUCUCGAUACUUUCCGUGCACUCUCCCAUCCUUACUCACGACCAGAGCUUCUCUGUGGCUUCAGGCACCCAGGACUUUAUCAGUCACCCGCAGGCCUCAAUAGCUCUGCGGCAGCAUCAGCAGCAGCGGCAGCAGCAUGUGCAGCUGCUGUCGGCGCGCCAUCCGCCACUGGGCCAUGCUCGUGCCUCAGUUGUCACAGCAGCCAGGCGGCCAGCGCGCUAGGCUCCAGAAGUAGCAACACUGACUUCACCUGCACCGCAUCCGGGCAGAGAUCCGAAAGUGGAUUUUUGCCGUAUUCUGCCGCUGUCCUGAGCAAAACCUCGGUUCCAUCACCAGAUGAAAGAGAGGAAUCUUCACUAAACAGAUAA